AUGGGAGCCGGCUGGCUUGCCGCGCCCAUGGAGCGCCACGCCAGGGCCGCCGCCACCUCUGCCUCGUCGGCCCGGGAGUCGGUGCUCGGGGGCCCCGAUGGGCGGCGGCGGGAGCCACUGCGGCGCCGGGCGAACAGCGCGUCAGCCCCUGCCGUCGGGGCCUCGGCUUCGGCCUCGCCUUCGGGGGAGGGCGUAAGGCGGGAUCGGCCAGGCUCCUACAGCGGCGCUACCUCGGCCUCCCGUCAGCGCGUUGAAAGCCUCAGGAAGAAGCGGCCGCUUUUCCCUUGGUUUGGCUUGGAUAUUGGUGGAACCCUGGUCAAGCUGGUUUAUUUUGAACCCAAAGACAUCACUGCUGAAGAAGAAGAGGAAGAAGUGGAAAGUCUUAAAAGCAUUCGGAAGUACCUGACCUCCAAUGUGGCUUAUGGGUCCACGGGUAUUCGGGACGUGCACCUGGAGCUGAAGGACCUGACUCUGUGUGGACGCAAAGGCAAUCUGCACUUUAUACGCUUUCCCACUCAUGACAUGCCUGCUUUUAUUCAAAUGGGCAGAGAUAAAAACUUCUCGAGUCUCCACACUGUCUUUUGUGCCACCGGAGGUGGAGCAUACAAAUUUGAGCAGGAUUUUCUCACAAUAGGUGAUCUUCAGCUUUGCAAACUCGAUGAACUAGAUUGCUUAAUAAAAGGAAUUUUGUAUAUUGACUCAGUUGGAUUCAAUGGACGCUCACAGUGCUAUUAUUUUGAAAACCCUGCUGAUUCUGAAAAAUGUCAGAAGUUACCAUUUGAUUUGAAAAAUCCAUACCCUCUGCUGCUGGUGAACAUUGGCUCUGGGGUUAGCAUCUUAGCAGUAUAUUCCAAAGAUAAUUAUAAGAGGGUCACAGGUACCAGUCUUGGAGGAGGAACUUUUUUUGGUCUUUGCUGUCUUCUUACUGGUUGUACCACAUUUGAAGAAGCUCUGGAAAUGGCAUCACGUGGAGAUAGCACCAAAGUGGAUAAACUAGUGCGAGACAUUUAUGGAGGGGACUAUGAGAGGUUUGGACUGCCAGGCUGGGCUGUGGCUUCAAGCUUUGGAAACAUGAUGAGCAAGGAGAAGCGAGAGGCUGUGAGUAAAGAGGACCUUGCCAGAGCGACUUUGAUUACCAUCACCAACAACAUUGGCUCAAUAGCAAGAAUGUGUGCCCUUAAUGAAAACAUUAACCAGGUGGUAUUUGUUGGAAAUUUCUUGAGAAUUAAUACGAUCGCCAUGCGGCUUUUGGCAUAUGCUUUGGAUUAUUGGUCCAAGGGACAGUUGAAAGCACUUUUUUCGGAACAUGAGGGUUAUUUUGGAGCUGUUGGAGCACUCCUUGAGCUAUUGAAGAUCCCCUGA